CCGAAGCGAAAGGCCGCCGAUCAAGCCACAAAAGCACCAACCGCAAAAAAGGGUAAAUCUACGGACACUCCAGUAGCAACUAAAAACGAUGCAGACAAAACUUCCAUUUUGAUCAAGGGCAAGGUGCCAGUGGACUCCCAGUGCUUCGCAAAGAAGGACACAUCCCACGUGUACUUCAACCAACAUGAGGUCUUUCACUUUAUGCUGAAUCAGACGAACUUGCAGAACAACAACAACAAGUACUACACGGGCCAGGUGCUGGAGGAUGACAAUGCUGCCAUCUACUCUGUGUGGUUCCGCUGGGGCCGCGUUGGCAAGACAGCCCAGACCUCGCUCACACCCUACGGAUUAAAUUUACAGGCGGCGAUAGCCGCCUUUAAAAAGAAGUUUUAUGAAAAGACUAGGAAUAGCUGGGAGUCGAGGAGUAACUUUGUCAAGAAGCAGGGCCUCUACGACAUGAUUGAACAAGACUUUGGGUCUCUGAUAAUGUUAAUCUGCGAUAUUCAAGCCAUGGAACAGACGAUGCGGGAGAUGAACUAUGACGCGCGGCGGGCUCCGCUCGGCAAACUCACACCCGGACAGAUCAAGGCCGGCUACGAAGCCCUGAACAGCAUAUCGGAGUGCCUGGAGAAGAUGAAGAAGGUCAAGAAAUCCCAGAGAACGGCCGGUACGAUGGCUGCCCUUCAAACUGAACUCACGUCUGCCUGUGACCGCUUCUACACCCGAAUUCCGCACGACUUUGGGUAA